AUGGAAAACAGCUCCAGAGAAAAGGGAAAUGAACCUGUGCGGAAAAGCCCUGAAUUCAAAAGCUGCGUGGUUCCCCCCAGCAAGGCUAUUGAAAGGGGCAGCAAUGCACCAACCAAGGGUACAAAACAAAUACUCAGGAACCUACACUUGCAAAGCCAGUAUCAUGAUGAACAGAGACAUACCAGGCUCCCAAAAGAUACUGCAAAAGGAAAGGUAGAAGUUCUGCGGCAAUACCUAGGGAUCCAUUCUCCUUCAAGUGGACCUCGGGGCAUAACUCCCUCUGCCUUCAGUGGGGAAAAGACACCAUCUUCAUUAAUGAAAGAUGGAGCCAAGCCCCGCACCUCAGGAAACUGCAGCAGAGGAAAAAGCACAUCUCCUCAGAGACAGAAAGGCUCAAGCAGCCCUGCACAGAAAGGAUCUGAGAAAGAAAACCUUAAGCACUCUUCAAAGAGGAAGAUAAACAUUAAAAAACCUCACCCGUACAGCCCUGAAAUUGUUCAGGAAUUUAUGUAUCGAAAGAAUGAAGAAAGAAAAAAGAAAAGCCUAGAAGAGAAAAAGUCUUUGGUGCAGGCCACAGAGAUGAGAAAUAAGAGAUUGCAAGAAGUAUACAGGAAACAGAAAGAAGCUAUUGGAAAGAAAACGUGUUCUGACCAGAUGUGCAAGCUCAUCAGGGAAACGGCUUCUGCAAAAGAAAGUCCUCAGUGUAAACUUCAGCAAGAGCAAACCAGUGGUGGAAUCCUGGAGAGGAGUUUCAUGGCCUGGGUGGAUAAAACAUCGUGUACUCUAUUAAGUAAAGAUCACAGAGGCAGGAAUCAACUUCUAGAAACAGUUCAAUCACCCCAAAAAAGAGAGGCAUUAGCUUCUCCAGCACCAUGGGAAUCCGAGUGCUGGUUUCUCAGUCCUCUGAAAUGUGAAGAUUUGAGGGACUGCUCUCCUCCAGCUCUGCAUACGCCUCCUCCGAGCUUUUCCCUUCCUCAGAAAGAUGCAAAACCUUACACCAAGGACCCGACUUCUGGUCUUUCUCCAUGCAGAAGUAAACAGGAUCGAGUGAAAGCCAUACAUAGUCUAUCCAAGGAACUUGCAGAAAAGAUUGAGAUGGCAACUAAGAGACUGAAUGCAGCAAGCUGGGUUAAAGACUCUGCUGACAAAACAUCGACAGAGACAACUUUGAACCUUUACAAUGAGUCUUCUCCUGUCCCAGAACCUGAGACAUCCAAGGAUGAGCAAGACAGGACAAUGACUAUACAAAUGCUUCUGGAUGCUCCAGAUCCUGAUGUGUUAUGUGUGUCAUCAGAUGAUAGGGAAUUUCACGGACUGGGCAGGAUUAGCCUUGCGGGUAGCACUGAGGGAGCAACAGUCCUGGACAGAGAGAAGGAAAUACCCACUCCUUUGCCUGGUGGGAGUGCUGCCAGCAAAGAAUUACCAUGGAUCUCUCAUAGCGCAGGACAGAGGCAUCUCAACACUGGGGAAGACCUGAGCAACACAUUGCAAGGUUUUCCUGUGAAUAAGGGCUCUGAGGUGGACAUAAGCCUAUUGCAUGAAAAGCCAAUAACCAGCCCAGCCUCUCCAUCUCACAGAUUCCUCGCUAGAAGUCCGCAGAGAGAACUCACAGCUCAGAGGAAUCACUACCGGUGUGAGACUAUUCUGAAAGUUCAGAAUCAAGAGGAAAUUGCCAACCAGUCUCCCAGAGAGAGCCUGAGGACACCAGACAGCCUCACAUUACAGCCUUCUGCCGCUCUGAGCACUGGAGCUGAGAGUCACGACAGCUUUGAGCAGGACUUUGCUUCUGCAGGUGAGGGAGACCUUAGCUGCAGAGAACUGGAAGAGAAACACAGGAGCCAUCUGGACAAUCUGAGGCAAACCUCUCUACUACUGGCUCACAAACUGAAGGUCCAUCAGCUCCAGCAGAAACAGCAGCUUACAGUGCUGAGGGAGAAAGCGAAGCUGGAAGUUCAAGAAAGCCAGAGGUUUUUGAGUGACCUGCUUCAACACAGUUCAGAGAUAAGUUAUCAUUUCAGACCCUGUGUUGCUGCUUCUGCAUUCAGCAAAAUGUUCCUCCAAUCCCCACUGUUCUUUUUCCUCACUCGGAGUCCCUUAAUCAAAAGGGGUUUUUUAACUGAUAAAAACUGUAGGUCAGAGUAACUUUCUGGAAGUGCCCAGGUCUCUCAUGUAAUGGAGUCCCUCAGGCUGUCAUUUGGACUUGAUCUGAAAUCACUUGGGUACUGCAGCUUUUGGUGUCUAUGGCUGGUUUUGCUGUAAAAUCAAGAGAAGGGUUUUUAAGUCCUCAGGAUAUAAUUACUGUGAUACUUGCUCAGACAUGAGAGCUUAGUGAGAUGCUAAUCUUGACCAAAAAGUGUCCUUUAAAAAAAAAAAAAAUUAGCAUGCUGUUUAUUUGUGGUUUACCUUCCAGCCUCAGAUUCUGAAGUCAGCUAGGAACUGAUGGACUUCAGUGUCUAUUUGUUAGAAUAAGAAUUUAGCCCCACAUGCAUAAACAGAAGCUCAGACCUCGUGUGCAAUUCCAAGCUCUCAUUACAUCGUUGAGAGUAUUUGCUUUGGAGGAUACUUUAGCUCAAUUAAUGUCUUCAAUAUGUUUGAACAGCUCAGACAGAAGUGAUGUCUGUAUGUUUUUUUUUGAAGCCCUUAGGAUGAACACAGUACCCUGACUUCCAGGAAAGCAGCUCUAAAUACACAACAGUUUGUGAGCCGUUAUGCUACCUUACUUCCAUAUGCUCACACAGUUAUUUCACUGUGAGUAGUAUCCAGCUCAUCAGUUAAUCCAACUCUUCAGGAAUUACUGGCAUAUGAAAAGCAUUAUCUGCAACGAAGGGCUUUCCCAAGAGGAUGAGGGAAGAAGGCUUAAAAGUUCGGCCUUUCAAAUAGAUCAUUCAGGUCUACAGACAAUUUCUGUGUUUGCAGGAGUGCAGUAGCUCCAAAGGCAGUUAUCCUUCUGUGCCAAGAUUGGACCAUGUAGAGCAAACGCGGAGAAGAUACCGAUCAGAAGGUGACAACGCAGCUGGCAGUAAUCAAGAGAUGCAUUCACUGAAACAAUCUGCAUUGAAGAUAGAAAGAGAUCACAGUCCAGUGGAUCCCAAAAUAGUGGGAGAAAGAAAACCUUUGGGAGGAAGGAGUUCAUAUUGCUCAGCGCUUCAAGAAGGAUCCCUGCCAGCAGAGCAUGGGGAGCCGCUGCACGACCAUCAAACCUUGAAUCUGUCACCUCCGGUGAAUCUGCCCCACAGGGAAACCUGUGCAAGGGACAACUCUGGAGAGAGCAGCGAACAGGCCAGCUCCGACAGCCAGUGGAGCGAAGUUGGCCGGUACUACGGAGGC